AUGAUGGAUUCUCUCGGGCCAUUUUCCCCACCAUCGUUGCUCUAUCCUUCUGCCAAUUACAUUUCAUCCAUUGCCAAGGAGAUCAAAGAAAGACAUGUUCACCGUGUAAAGACUCAUAAGGAAUUCAAGACAAAGAGCAUCGCUACCCAUUAUGAUGAAGAAGCUAAAGAGAAGAUGGAUGAUGAUACAACAGCUCCAACGUGGCCGCCACUAGAAGAUUAUCUGCCAUUGUCACGACAAAAGGAGUUUCUUGAUCUUUAUUAUACUCAUGUGCAUCCAUUGUAUCCAGCCAUUGAUCGCAAUUACAUGCAAAAGCAGCUUGACAAGUGCAAGAACAAUGAUCCAUCUUCAGCUGUUUGGCCUUUCUUUUUUUAUACCGUGUUUUCCAUGGCAACCCAAUACUCCGAUUCUUUGUGUCACCAUCUCGCUGAUUAUUGUUUACACCAAGCUCUAUCCUGGCAUCAAAUCCACAAAACACAAUCACCCUCCAUUAUGACCGCGCUAGCAUUAACGUUACUCGCCAAAUGUCUCGAGCUUAGUAAAAAGCAAAACCAUCACGUGGCACGGACGUGGAAGAUCGCAGAUGAGGUUUUUCAAGUGGUCCAGCACCUUGGGUUAUAUAGCACGACGACUUGCAUUGAUGAUCUUUUUAAUGACGAGAGAGAGAAAGAACGUGCUGUACGGAUCUUUUGGAUUGCACACACGUAUGAUCAUUUUUUGGGUAUAACAACAGGUCGACUUCCAGCCAUUGAUGAAAGAAAAAUAAACAUCCCGCUACCCAAAUGCUUGCAAGCCGAUGAUGAAAACGACCGAUCACACCUUGAACAUUUCCUUGGUCUUAUUGAAAUCAGCAAAGGAGCUGGUCGGAUCAUGCAAUUAUCUCCUGGGCCAGCUGGUUUGUGUGCUCAUUCAAUUCAUGCAGAAGCUAUACUAUCCAGCUGUGAUACAUGGAUUUGCGAAGAGCUAAGGAGGUUACAAACAUCGACGGCCCACCGAUUGCAUAUUACAGAAAGAAGGCUCAUACUUUAUGACUUGUUGAUCCUAUUGCACAAGCCCUUUUUGGAGGAUGGCGAAGCCAAGGAAAAUUGGAACAAGAAAUGCUUGAAAACUUUACCGCAUUCUCACCGCAUAUGUACAGACACCGCCAUCGUCAUCACUGAUACCAUUUGUGAGCUUGCCUUGGAUGAUCUUGAAUACUUAGGCAGGAAGCAGGAAUGUUUCCAUGCUCUUUUAACUGCCACAAGGAUCCAUCUCUUGAACACGUCCAUUCCAGAUAAUGAUGCAGCGGAAAUGAUACAAGGGAAGAUACAUUUUGCGCAUAGCAUGGCGGCCUAUGAGGCAUUGGCACCAACAUCAUCUCAAGCAGCUGGAAUUUAUUCACUCUGGCAUCGUAGUAUGAAGCAAUCCUUUUGA